GUUCACCUUCCCCUUCGUCCUCGUUCUAGCUCGGAAACGCGUCAAUCCUCAAGGGUCAACCACAGUGAUUUUUUGAUUUCUGACCUCCUCCCAUCCGCCGCAGACUACACGCAUCACACUCACUGCUAUCCACCGGGCGUUGCCUCAUUGUCACACCAUCCUAUCCAAAUACGUUUUUACACACUCUAUCCACGGACCCCGAUUUCACAAUGGUCGCCCUAGAACACAUCCGGUCCUCCAACUCCAGGAUCUCGACCACUCUUCGGCCCGGUCUCGUCGCUGUUUUCGCCGGUGCAACCAGCGGCAUCGGCGAGUCCGCCUUAAAACAGUUCGCCAAAAACGCCAUCAAGCCCCGGAUUUACUUCCUUGGCCGAUCCAAAGCGUCGGGCGACCGCAUCCGCGCAGAGUUGCAGAAGCUGAACCCAGAAGGGGAGUACAUCUUCAUCAGCGUCGACGUCAGCCUGCUCCGUUCCGUCGACGAUGUCAGCCGCCAGAUCAAGGAGAAGGAAACCGCCAUCAACCUCUUGUUCCUGAGCACAGGGACGAUGGUCUCUGGGACAGACACGGAAGAAGGCCUCAACUACCCGACCGCGGUAGCCUACUACGCGCGCCUGCGGCUGAUCGUCAACCUGCUCCCCCUCCUGCGCAACGCGACCGACCUGCGGCGCGUCGUGUCGGUCAUGGCCGGCACCAAGGAGGGCGCCAUCGACAUGGCCGACCUGGGCGGCCGCACCACCAACAUGUUCACCCCGAGCGGCCGCGGCCACUUCUGCUCCAUGAUGACACUCGCGCUCGAGGCCGUCGCCCGCGACGCGCCCUCCACGAAUAUUGGGAAGGAUGUCAAAGGGCCUGUUUUUGCCGUGUUGUUGGCCAUCUGGGAGGCGCUGUACCUGGUCAUCGGCCCGUUCCUGGCCACGCCGUUCGACGAGGCGGGCGAGCGCCAGCUGUUCUUUGCGACGAGCGGCAGGUUUCCCGGUGUGGGUGAGGGUGGCGCCGCGGGGGUUCCGUUGCCGGAGGGGGUGGCCGUGGCUCAGGGGACGGACGGGAAGCUGGCGAGCGGUGUGUACUCCAUCACCAACCAUGCCGAGACCGCGCCGCCCAAGGUAGACCAGCUCCUGGAGAAGAUGAGGAAGGAUGGCACCGCGCAGAAGGUGUGGGCUCAGGUCCAGGAGGAGUUCCUUCGCAUCACGGGGGUGGCGUCUGUGUAGGUAGGCUUGGGGCUGUAGACUGACGCGCUGAAUUUGGC